GUCUGGUUAUGUGCUUACCGGAGAUGCAAAAUAAAAUCUGUUAAACUUAGAAAUUCAGACAUCAGUGAGCCCCCCAUGGACAGUGAGAUGAUUUCUCAAGAAACAAAGGACGUGGAGUGAUGCAAUGGCGCUCGGGCACGGCUCUAAAAAGUCAAUUUCAUGUGACCAGGGGGUCACUCCUGCUUCUCUGAACAAUGGGAUAGAAGCUGGUGGAAAAGCUGUGGCUACACCCACCAGGAAGACUCGUUCCUGCAAGUGUAUUCUGGCCUUCCUCAUCAUCCUCCUCCUAGCCGCAGGAGUCGCAUUGGCCUGGUACUUCCUGGAAUACAGGGUUUGGGUGUUGGAGGUUCGUGUCCAGCAGCAGUACACGGCCUACCUGUCUAUCCUCAACAGGAACUUCUCUGCUGAUCUGUCCUCUCACAACAGCCCCGCAUUCAAGAAAGAGGCCAAGGGAGUACAGAACUUGGUUGAAAACAUAAUGAAAGGUUCGAGUCUUUCUCGAUACUUCAACUACACCACCGUGUUUGCCUUUGGGGAGGGGAGUGUUGUGGCUCACUUCUGGAUAGUGAUGUCCGUUCCAGGCAGCCAUGCUGAAAAGGUCACGCUGGAGACGGUCACCGGGAGCCUACAGAAAGGCCUGAAGUGGUACAGAGGGUCAUAUGAGGAGGAGAUCGCCUGCUUCAGUGGAUAUCUCCUCCACCUCCCCUCUCUGAUUGUCAGUGAAACCGACUCCAAAGUUUUAGAGCUUUUGAAAGCCUCAUUUGACUGUUACCGCUACCAGAAGGUGGUGUCCAGCAGCCCUGUGGCUCUCCGUGGCCCUGACACACAGCGAUCCUCCUGCAUGUGGCACCUCCAGGCCGCCCCUGGUUCCCAGUUGGAGCUCCACAUGGAAUGGCUGCUGUCUGAGUGUCGAGACAGGCUGGUGGUGUAUAAUUCCUUGACCCCCUCCGAUACUCAUCUCAUCACAUCUGUGUAUGGCUGCAGCAGACAUGAGAGUGUGGUGCGUGUCCUGUCUUCAGGCGAGUGGAUGACAGUGGUUUGGAAACAGGGUUUAUACAACUACAAGGACCCCUUCUCUCUGUCUGCACAGGCCUGGAACCGCCAGGAGUGUAACUCAACUAUAGAGCUGCAGGCAGUAUCGGGGGUCCAGGGGACACUCAGGACACCUUUCUUCCCCAGCUACUACCCCCCUGACACUAAUUGUACCUGGACCUUUACUAUGCCCAGUGUGGGGAUGGGCUUGUCUCUGGAAUUUGAGGGAUACGAGCUCAGCAGAGCCAGCUACAACCAGGACUGUACCCAGGGACAGUGGAUCAUCCAGAACCGCAGACUGUGUGGUACCAGGGGCCUGCAGCCAUACAAUGAACGCCUUUUGCUGCUCUCCAUGACAGCCACUGUUGUCAUGACAUCAGAGGUGUCACUCACAGGGCCCGGCCUUCAGCUGCACUACAGAGUCUUCAACAUAUCAGAUCCUUGCCCAGGCCAGUUUCUGUGCACUAUUAAUGGCCUAUGUGUUCCUGUCUGCGAUGGAAUCAAGGACUGUCCCAACGGACUUGACGAGAGAAACUGUGUGUGUGUGGCACAGUUCCAGUGUCCAGAGGACAGUCAGUGUGUGGACUACUACAAGGUGUGUGACCAACACCCAGACUGCCCUGAAGCAACGGACGAGAUGAACUGUACUGAUGGUGUGCAGUGUACAGAUAUGACCUACGUGUGUGCUGAUGGCACUUGUCUGAAGAAGCCAAAUCCAGAGUGUGACUUUGUCACUGACUGCCCCGAUGCCUCAGAUGAAAAACAGUGUGACUGUGGCCUGAGGCAGUUCUCCAGCCGUAUUGUCGGGGGGACCAACGCCACAGUGGGGGAGUGGCCAUGGCAGGCCAGCCUUCAGGUGCGUGGCACCCACAUCUGCGGGGGCGCACUAAUCUCCAGCCAGUGGGUGGUGUCCGCUGCCCACUGUUUCUAUGACGAUCGUCUUUACUCCCCCUCGAUGUGGACGGUCUACCUGGGUAAACUCCUGCUGAACCGCAGCAGCCCAACUGAAGAAGUGGCGCGAGUUCAGCGGAUCCACCUCCAUCAAUACUAUGACGACGAUACCCACGACUAUGACCUGGCCCUGUUGAAGCUGGACCGGCCUGCCUCCAUGCUGCUGGCUGGACAUGCUCGACCCGCAUGCCUGCCUCCGCCCACCCACCAGCUGGAGCCAGACCUGCUCUGCUGGGUCACCGGGUGGGGGGCUCUCCGCGAGGGAGGUAGUGCCAGUAAUGUGCUUCAGAAGGUAGAUGUUCGUCUGGUAAGCGAGGAAGCUUGUGUUCGUUCCUACGGCCACCUGGUCACUCCCAGAAUGCUUUGUGCUGGUUACCGCAGUGGAGACAAAGAUGCCUGUCAGGGAGACUCUGGUGGUCCCCUAGUUUGCCAGGAGCCGUCGGGUCGCUGGUUCCUGGCCGGGGUGGUGAGCUGGGGCAAAGGCUGCGGUCGUCCAGACUACUAUGGCGUCUACACUCGCAUCACCAGGCUCACUGACUGGAUCAAGCAGGUCAUCAGCAGCCCCUGAGAUGUUGGGAAUCUUCAUCAUCUUUACAUCAAUACCCCCAUAACCUGAAGCUGGGUGCCCAUGAAAUCAUUAUCCACAUGAGGAUUAAAAGCGCUUGCAGAUGACUUGAGAUUGCUUCUCAGCUAGAAAGCAAGAUGGUAAAGCAUAAAAGGCUUUAUUCCAAAGUCAUAAAGUAAUAAAGCUAAUAAUAAUCAACCUUAUUUAUGUGGCACCUUACAGAAUUGAUAUUAUAAAGUGUUUAUGCAGUAAAAAGAAACAUGCCAAAAUAAUGAUGGAAUGGUAAUCGAGGACUCAAAUAAAUUUUUUUAGAAGUGAAUAAGAAAAGAUCAAUUUUCAGAAGUGAUUGAAAUGUAAUGAUAUAAAUGAUGAUAAUGCACAAUGAAAGAAAUUUGACUUACUUUGUAAAAGCUCAUGUAAUCCCUGGUUUGAUUAUUCACUCUUUUACAGAGCAAAUCUUCUACAUUUUAAAGACAUUGAACUUUAAGAAUUUUCCCAUAAUAAAGUAUCCUUCUGUUUCGUAAUCAAGUCUGCAAUAUACUGUGUUUGCAUGUUUGA